AUGGAAUGUACUGCGCAUCGAUGGUUCACCACAAGAAUGAUUAGAGCUCCUUUAUUUGAGAACGCAGUUUUGUAUGUUUUCUGCAUUGCCUCAUUUCCUCGUGGCUACGAACGUGAUCUCCCUCGACACCUGGAAAGCUAUGAUUGCGCGCGAGAGGAGAGACGUUCAUGGAAUGGACUGCUCACGGACCAGGAUAUCAUCAACUUCGCCAUCGACGACCAUCUGCGCACCGUCACUUCGCUCAGCCAAAAACUCAAAGAUAUUCGCAAUCACCUGCAACAGGAGGAAAGCACAGAGGUCGCCAGUCGACAGGCACAGAUCCUCGCAGCAGUCACCACCCUCGUAGGCAGUAAAGAAUCCACGUCGAAAAAGAUGGAAGAGUUUGAAACCAGUCCGCAAGAUAUAGUCGCAACGCUGCAGGAAGUCGAGAAAACACGGCCGCAGUUAACAUCAGAAGAAGAGACUUCAACGCAUAGGGAGGAAAUCAUCGAUGCGGUCGCAAACGCCGUGAUGAAGAUCGCAGCCGACAGGCGAGAGCACAGAAAUCGAGAGAGUCCAGACGGUGAAAACGCGGCGAGGCAGGAAGAAGAAAGAAUGAAAGAACACGCGACGAACGAGCCUACAGAAACUGUUCAAGAAGCUGUUCAUCACGCAGACGACGCAAAGGUCGAGGAUGAGCGUCAACUGGAAGAAGAGGCGCUAGGCGAAGAAAUUCACAAUGAGGAGCCGAACGAAGACGCCGAGCAUCUCGAUGAGGAGAUUUCUUUCGAGGAAGAGCUGGAAUAUGUAGAAGAAGCUAACAGCGAUGACGAAGCAUUACUCGAACAGGAAGAGAGACGUUAG